AUGGGCAAGGAAGAAGGUUACGCCAAGAGCUCUUUGGUGGGUGCUGUCGAGCCUAGUAGUAGUGCCAGUGAAAGGGAAGAGUUGCGGACAAGCCAAGAAGAUGCCUUGCUCUCGGCUUCACAGGAAGCGGCGGUCCAGUUAGUGCUGUCGGCACAGCCACGCGAUCUUGUUCCUACUAGUACCACCCUUAGUAAUGUCAAGCACAAGAGGGCACAUUCUCCGCCGAACAGAUCGGUCAAAGCCAUACCAACAGCAAGACAUCUUGAUAAAGGAGCAAUGAGAAGCGACGAUACCAUCAUGAAGGAGAAAACUGAGGCAAAAUUGUCUGACACCCAAGUAGCUGCAGUCAACUUGGCAUUGAAUAGUGCUAGUAGCGGAUUUGUUGUUGAAACUACAGCUAGCCGUGAGACGAAGGAAAACUGCAAGGUGGCAGGAAUGGAACAUGAUGUGCAUCAACCUGUGUCUGCCGCAGCAUCAGCACAAGAAGAACAGCCUGCCAACAACAACAAGUCCAAGGCAACUCAGACACAAAGAACCCAGUCCAAGCGACCAGGGGCGUCCAGCAGACGCCCUCGUGACGCAUCAGAACAACAACAACAACCAACGUUGUAUGUCAAUGAGGAUAGCAAAACCCACCAACAUCAACUGGAGUUUUUUGACACCCGGGUGGCUGCAGCCCACCUGGCAUUGAAUAGUGCUAGUAGCGGAUUUGUUAUUGAUACUACAGCUAGCCGGGAGACGAAGAAAAACGGCAAGGUGGCAGGAACGGAACAUGAUGUGCAUCAACCUGUGUCUGCCACAGCAUCAGCACAAGAAGAGCAGCCUACAGAGGAAGAGAGUAGUGCCCACCAAGCCAAUAGUACGGCACCACAAACGCAAACAGCAGCACUCUUGCGACCCGGAGCAUAUCACAGACGUCCUGGGGAAUCUGCAAGACGGCGCCAAACGUUUCAUGCCACUCAAUUGGCCAAUGCCCAACCACAGAAACUGGAAGCCAUGGUAGUCACUCCUUCCAACAACAACAACAACAACAACAAUAAUGAGUAUUCUGUUAUUUCCCUGGAUCUGUCCGAAGUGGAUGAAGCUUACCAACCAGAACACAGACGACAGCAGCAGCGCAAGAACAGAAUGAUUCAAGUUAUGGGACUGUGCGCAACAUUUCUCGUGAUUAUUGGCAUUGUCCUCGGAGUUGUCUUGGGUCUGAGGCAGGGCUCCACUACCACGGUAAUCCGGACAACACCAGGCAGCAGUCUCAACGACACGGACAGGAUGAACUUGACCAUUAAUAACGGUACCGCAGCUCCCUCCCCCUCCGUGCAAAUCACAGAGUUUCUGCUGAACGACUUGCCGGAUUUUACAAAGGAAACCAUCUUGACGGACUACAACGGUGCAACACCUCAGGCUAGAGCCUACACAUGGCUGCUACAAGACCCAAACUUUCAUGAGUUUCCCUUGAACCGACUCUUGCAACGUUUUGCCUUGGCCUCAUUCUACUAUUCCACUCUGGGGGAAAACUGGUUGUAUGAUGGCGACAUGCAUGCUCCACAAACGGAAGGUCCCACUGAUGUGGAUCUGAAUGGAUCUAUAUGGUUGAAGUUGGAAGCACCCUCCAAUGUGAGUUCGGGGUUGGCGGCUAGUCCUCCAAUGCCCGACGGUUCGUUACAGCAACCUCCUCCGGCCAUUGGAGAUCGUCCGCCGCCUCCACCACCACUGACCAUAGGCGAUCCCAUUACUGCACCCAUCAUUGGCAACCAAAGUCGAGGGCAAAUGUUGUCCCCACCUCGAGUUGUGGAUGCAAAGUGGCUCAGCUAUGAUAGGCACGAAUGUGUCUGGUUCAACAGGAACCAUUUGGGAAACAAAGGUGUAUGCAAUCGAGCUGGGUACUACGUCAACCUGUACUUGGGGGGCAAUUCAAUGGCCGGACCAAUUCCACCUGAAAUGUCGCUAUUGACAGAUCUACACGAAUUGUCAUUGGAGCGAAACAAGUUAACUGGCACUUUGCCACCGCUUCUAUUUACUGCAUGGUCCAACAUGCGUUUCAUGAACCUUGAUGACGGUCUGCUGGAAGGAAGUCUUCCAUCGGAGAUUGGAAAGAUGACCAACCUCGAAAGGCUAAUGCUGAGAAGCAAUCGUUUCUCAGGCUCCCUGCCAAAAGAACUGAACUCCCUCUCUCAGUUGGUUAAUUUGAUGUUGGGCAAGACUUUUGUCGCUGGGAGCAUACCAUCCCUUGCCAGGUUGACCGUACUCUUGGAUUUGGACUUGUCGGGGAACAGGCUCACGUCCAGCAUUCCCACUGAGCUUGGAUUAUUGUCCGAGUUAGCCAGCCUGAGUCUUCAGGAUAAUGGUCUGAGUUCUACAAUACCCUCAGAAUUGGGACUCUUAUCUAAUCUGCGUUCCAUCAAUCUGAACAAUAAUCCGGACCUUGCUGGAUCAAUCCCAAGCGCUUUGGGGGUGCUGGCAAAGAAUGGGACAGGGAUGCUUGACUUUGCAGAGGUUAUGGGAACAAGCCUCGCUGGAACGCUUCCGCUCGAGUGGUGUCAAAAUCUUAUUUACCUUCCCUACGACUGCCCCGAGUUGUGUGGGUGUGAUGACUGUCCUUGCAUGUAA